UCGAAAAAUAACGGAUGGUUAUCAAUAUCUUUGUAUCAAUCCAGCCAAUACGUUUCAAAGAUUGAAUGUUCACUAUAUAUUUUAGAUAAUAGAAAUGAACAACAGUUUAUUCAAAAAUUUAACACAGUUCUCAACAAGUCUGAAGAAUACUGCAUUCCGAAAUUCCUUGAAAUAAUUGAAUUAUUAGAAAACAAAGAGAAAUUUCUACCUAACAAUGACUUAACAAUCGGCAUUGAGCUUACCGAAUUUUUUGAGACGGUAAGAAAAAUUACGAUUCCAAGAAAAACUCAAAGGAAUCAAAUAAUUAGUGACUUAAAAGAUAUUUUUGAAAGUAAAGUAGGUAGUGAUGUAGUUCUCCUUGUUGGUGACAAAAAAAUUCUUGCGCACAAGUCCAGUGUUUGCAGCAAUGUUUUCCCAUCAGCUCAAAGAAAACAAAGAGAACGAAAUAACUAUUCC